AGUUGCUCGUUUCAGAAAUCCUUUUGAGAAGCUCUUUCUUCUCUCUCAUCAUCUUCCUCCAUUGCCGAUCCUCUCUGCUCGCCUCCAUCCAUCUCACGAUCCGGGGCAGUAGAGUUCCUAAAACCAACUCUCAAUACUGAGCUAGGUACGAAACAAUACAUGUUUCAAGCUCCGGCUGCUGUUUGGUUGGUUCUCUGAUUUCCUUUUUCCAAUUUUGGGAUUUUCUUUCUUCGCCUCAGAUACUUACACAAUAAGGUGAAUAAUAUAAUGAUUUCUCAACCCAAAGAAAACUGCUGUCUUCCUUGUCAGUGAUUGUGAUGGAUGCAAGAAACCUUUCCAUCUUUGCAGCUGUUUGUUGCUGUGCUAUAAUAAGUGACUUUCCAAGGGCAUCAUUGCAUUAUAGCAACAUUUAAGGGUUUAAAGAACAUCUUUGGUCAAUGGGGGAGUGGGUAAUUGGAGCUAUUAUUAAUGUAUUUGGUAGCAUUGCCAUAAAUUUCGGUACUAAUCUUCUCAAAUUGGGACAUGAUGAGAGAGAGAAGCAUUCCACGACUAGUCUUGAUGGAUUAAACAGAAAGAUGGUAAUGAAGCCCAUCAUAUAUUUCCACACUUGGAGAAUAGGAAUUUUAUUCUUUGCUCUUGGAAAUUGUCUCAAUUUCAUUUCAUUUGGAUAUGCUGCUCAGUCACUUCUUGCGGCUUUGGGAUCGGUUCAGUUUGUUUCCAACAUUGCCUUUGCUUAUUUUGUAUUGAAUAAGAUGGUUACUGUCAAAGUGCUUGUCGCCACAGCUUUUAUUGUCCUUGGAAAUAUCUUUCUUGUUGCUUUUGGAAACCACCAGUCCCCUGUUUUCACACCAGAGGAGUUGACGGAGAAGUAUAGCAACAUCAAUUUCCUUCUUUACUGUGUCAUUUUGCUUUUCAUUGUUCUGUUGCAUCACUUGGUGUACAGGAGAGGAGAAAUACUGGUGGCAAAUCCUUCAUAUGAACUUAAACCUUAUUGGAAAAUGCUGUUUCCUUUCUCAUAUGCUGUGGUGUCUGGUGCUGUUGGAUCAUGCUCUGUUCUUUUUGCAAAAUCUCUCUCUAAUAUGCUAAGGCUUUCCAUGUCUAGCAGCUAUCAUUUACAUAGCUGGUUCACAUAUUCCAUGAUUCUAUUAUUUCUUAGCACAGCUGGAUUUUGGAUGGCUAGAUUAAAUGAAGGCUUAUCAUUGUUUGAUGCAAUACUUAUUGUACCCAUGUUCCAGAUCGCCUGGACAUUUUUCUCCAUUUGUACAGGAUUUGUUUACUUUCAGGAAUAUCAGGUAUUAGAUAAUUUAAGGUCAACAAUGUUCAUAAUAGGAAUGAUAUCAGUAUUCGUUGGAAUUUCCUUAUUGGCGCCAGAUGAUGCAAAAGGAGGUGAAGUGAAGGAUAGUUCUCCAUUGGUUACAAUUGCAUCUUCAAGUAGUCCUGCUGAUACAGACAGGCUUUUGAUGAGAGAAGAAAAAGGUACAUAUACACUCCGGCAAGUAAUGCAUAUGAAAGCUGUUGAUAUAGCAGUCAAGGCAAAGGCUGUUUGCUCAUUGUCCUUGGGUCUAGGAGAGGACUCCAUCAAUGCAUCUUCUGUUCUGGUGAUGCCUAUGGUUUCGUCAAAGAUAACUGGAUUUAGAGGUAAUGGUUUUGACCAAGUCAAGCUUUUAUCGACUAAAGGAAACGGAUGGGGUAAGAUCUCAGAAGAGGAGGAUGAUGAUGAUAGCAUAGAAUUGCUGGAAACGAAUUCAAUGCUUUCUUAGACCAUUGAUUGAGAUCUGAAAGUGAUGAUGAUAUAAAUACAUAUACCACUACUAUGGGCUUUAUUUUAACAGCACUUUGGAAACAAAUUCUUUUUCUCCUGUAAUUAUUAUUUACCACGAGGAAUCAGACAUUGGAAAGAACAGAUCAGUAUCUGGGUUUGGGUUUGGGUUUGGAUGCGAUCGACAUUGUUUCUGGUUUAGUGAGUGCCAACCAACCAACCGUCUGUUCAGUUAUGUUAGUCAAUGGAUUUCCCCUAUUGUGUGAUAUAUGAUUGAAAUAUUUGUGCU